CCUCUCCUCAUCAUCAGGCCCCCCGCUCCUCUCCUCCUCCGUAACUUCGAUUUCACCUUCCCAUCUCCCUCAACAAAACCGCACCGCACCAGGAGGAGCCCGGCCAUCCAUGGACGCCUACGAGGCCACCAAGGUGGUGUUCGCGCGGGUGCAGGCGCUCGACCCGGACCUCGCCUCCACGAUCAUGGGCAUGCUCCUCACCCAGGACAAGAACGAGGAGGACAUGAUCCGCCUCGCCUUCGGCCCCGAGCACCUGCUCCACGCCGUCGUCGCCAGGGCGCGCGCCGACCUCCUCGCGGCCGCCCACCACAAGAAGCCGUCCUCUCCGCCCACGGCGCCGUGGGCCUCCGGCCUGUCCACGGACGACGCGCCGUUCGCCGCCGACCAGGCGAGAUUCGACGGCGGCGGCGGAGGGGAAGGGUUUUACCCGCCGGACGAGUUCGGGUGCUGGUCCCCGGCCAGCGGCGGGCAGCACCGUCGGAGCUUCUCGCUGAGCGACGCCGACGCGGGCGGCUGGAAGCCGUGCAUGUACUACGCGCGCGGCUUCUGCAAGAACGGCUCCUCCUGCCGCUUCGUGCACGGCCUGCCCGACCACCUCAGCGACCAGGACAUGGAGGCCUGGACGGCGGCCGUGCGGUCGGAGCUCAUGGCGUCCGCCUUCCCCUUCUCGCCUCCUCCCAGAGGCCUCAACUUCCUGCUCCAGCAACACCAGCAGCAGCAGAGCGACUCCCAGAGGGCGGCGGCGGCGGCCAUGCUGCUUGGUGGCGGCGGAGAGGACAUGCACAAGUUUCCUCCCGUGCGGUCUCCUCGACUGGACCGCGGCGGCGACCUUGCCUCCAACCCUGCGGCGCGCCAGAUCUACCUCACGUUCCCUGCUGACUCCACCUUCAGCGAGGAGGACGUGUCCAGCUACUUCAGCUUCUUCGGGCCGGUGCAGGACGUGCGCAUCCCGUAUCAGCAGAAGCGCAUGUUCGGCUUCGUCACCUUCGUGUACGCGGAGACGGUGAGGCUCAUCCUCGCCAAGGGAAACCCGCAUUUCGUCUGCGACGCGCGCGUCCUCGUCAAGCCAUACAAGGAGAAGGGCAAGGUCCCCGACAGGUUCAGGCACUUCCAGCCCACGCAUCAUGGCGAUUUCCCCGGAUGCACGACGCCCACUGGUCUGCUCGAUUCCAGGGACCCCUUCGACCUUCAGUCGCCACAGAUCGGUCCGAGGAUGAUGUACGGAAACAUUGGCAAUCACGAGGCGUUCCUGAGGAGGAAGCUGGAGGAGCAGCAGCAGGCGGCGGAGCUGCAGCAGGCCAUCGAGCUGCAGGGCCGCCGUUUCAUGGGUCUGCAGCUCCUGGACCUCAAGAGCAGGGGUCACCACCAUGUCGUCUCGCCGGUGGGUCUCCGGCAGCAGGCUGAUGGCAAUGCCAUCCAUUUGGAGGAUGCCACCAUCCAAGAUCACAAGAUGAUCAGUGGGGGACGUGCCAUGAUGACAUCUGCCCCUGUUGCUAUUUCUGCCAUUGCCACACAAGGCAAGCAGCAGGGGGAGGAGGGCGAUGGGAGUCCCAAGCAAAGGGUCAACUCUGGGGAAGAUGAGAAGACCGGUCAUCCUGGGGCAGCAGCAUCAGCAGCUCCCAGUGCUAAUCUAUUCCAAGAAAGUGGCGUGGAGGAGCACAACCUGCCUGAUAGCCCCUUUGCAUCUCCAACAAAGGCCAUUGGGGCUGCUGUUGCUUCUGCAGAACCAGCUCAUACUGGCAACAUCGGGAGCCCUCAUCUGGUGGCCUCAUCUCUGUUCCCUCCUACACCACCCACCCUUGAGCUGCCCCCUUACAAAUCCUGCUUCUUCCAAGUGCCCAGGUUCUCUCCUGGGCAUGGUGCCAUUGGGCUGUGAAUACAAAGCAGGAGCAGCGGGGUCUCCUUUCCUCUUAAUAUGAGAGGACCCCCAUGAAGUAAGUGGAUGGAAGGAAAAGCUCUAACAAAUACUAGGUUUACUCUUCAGAGAGGAACAGCAACAACAUCAACAACAGCAACAGAGAAAGGAAAGAAAAUCUAGGUUGUUUUAGCCCUAGCCAGCCUUAAUUAAGUAUAUGAUAGUAUAAAUAAUAAUACCAGUAGUCCCUUUAUUAGCUGCUCCAAGUAGUAUCAAGAAGAAGAAAACUAUCUUCAUGCAUCAUUUUGUAUGCUAUGCUUGUGCUCCUCUCGAGUUGUAUGGAUCUCAUCUCAGAAUGAUAGUAAAAAAACUUGUCCUGGUA